GUCUGGGUCUGUGAACUUCAGCGUGACUUCAGCGACAUACACAGGGUUUAAAAACUAACAACUCCUUCCAAACUUUAAACUGCAUUAAUGUUGCGCAAAUACCCCGGAAUAUUAAGCCUCAUGAGUUGUGUGUCUGAUUAGUGGCAUAUGGUUUAAGUAAGAGGAUAGAAUGCACUAAUAUCAGUUUAUUUUUUAAUUAUCUUUUUUUGGCUGUGGUAUUCAAUCUUGGCCACAUGUGCUUCCUCAUAACUCCCCAUAGCUGAAUAUAAAAGCUUCUUUUUUCAAUAGAUAGCACACAAUUUAAACAUUUAGUGAGCGAAAUUUGAAAAUAUUUGACUUUUUUGUUUUAGAAAAUUAAAAAAAAAUCCGACAGAAAUAGGAGACAGGACGCGUAGCAGCGACUGGUAAUGAUUACCGGAGGUAGCAGAAUGUAAGGGGCUCAGGGCUUCCCAGCAUGUCAGGUAUUAACAGAGCGAGUGUGAUUAAAUGUGGGAGGUAGGAGCUGUGAGGCUGGCGGAGAGCGCUGCUGCCGCUGCGAGCUGGAAACUACUGAAUGGGAAUCUAUCCGGCAACUUCGCCAGACCGCUGUCUCACGGCGACACGGGGACUCUGCGUAAAAACAAGCGGCGCGUCUCCAAGUCUGGGUCAGCCCCACUCACAGGCGGAGAGGACGCUCAAGUUGGAUCGGCGGAGCAGCUUUUCACUUGUUACCGGCGCUCGGCUCCCACUAACAUGCCUGCCAUCAAAAAGGAGCGGCUGGAUGGAGACGACAUGGCAUUGACCGCGUUCAACCAGUCCGAAUACCUGGCCCCUUUAAAUGCCACUGCUAUCCCCGUGGUGACCCCGCAUCCGCCGCCCUACGACCACAUUUUCGCCCAUCACCGCGCGUACUUGGGGCUCCACGACUCGGCGCUGCAUCACCAGCACCUCCACCAUCACACGGACGACUUAAUGCUAGAGCGGUUCUCCUCCAUCCCCGACUUUCAGCCCUUCUUCGACAACGGCGAGCCGUGCAUCGAGGUGGAGUGCGGCGAAAACAAGGCUUUGCUUUAUAUCAAUAAACUGUGUCAGGGCAGUAAGGGACCCUCAAUUAAAUACAGGGGCGAGUGGCUCACCCCCAACGAGUUCCAGUUUGUCAGUGGACGAGAGACUGCCAAAGACUGGAAGCGGAGUAUUAGACACAAAGGAAAAAGUCUCAAGACUCUUAUGUCCAAAGGAAUCUUACAGGUGCACCCUCCAAUCUGCGACUGCCCCGGCUGUCGAAUUUCAUCUCCAGUGAACCGUGGGCGCUUGGCAGAGAAACGCACCAUCCCCCUUCCACCCAACCGGGUGCCCAAGAAGGAGCUGGCCUCCAUCUUCAGCAGUGACGACAGCGAGGGCAGCGAGCGGGCCAGCGGGGAUCAUGCCCACAUCAAGCAGGAGGACGAGCUGCAUUACAGUAUCAUGAGAAAGAGUCGUGACAGUGACCUCUCUACAAUUAUCUCCAACCUGCACCACACCAGACAGCACGGCAUGCCCGAAGGCCAGUCAGCCUCUGACCACAGCAGCAGUACUGGACACACAGACGACCGUCUAGGCAAGAGGAGAAGCUUCUCUCCCAACAGCAGCAGCGAGUGUCCCUCUGACAGCAAGAAGUCACGCAGCGUUUCCCCCAAAGAAAACUCCCAGAGCCCGGUGGUGGAGGCGGGCAGCAGUCACAGCCACAUGAGCCCUGAGGAGCACUACAGACGCAUGAUGUCAGCGCUCAGCGAGCAGGGGUCCAACGAGGAGCAGCAGCAACGCCUCUACCAGCUAGCAAGCAGCAUGGGUCUGCCCGGCCACGACAUGCUGCGUGCUCGCCAGGAGGCGUUGGCUGCGGCGGUGAGGAAUCCAGCGGCCUUAGAAGCUCACCUGCCCUCGGCGGGAAGCUCUUCUUCAUCCAGCCAGAGACGCAAACAGGGUCUGCCGCAGCACCGGGACGCGCAUUACCCCGACAGAGAACUGUCCCAUCCUCCUCCUCUACUGUCGCCUCCAACCGCUCCUCACAUCGCCUUAGGGCCUCAUCUGCGGCCUCCUUUCCUGGGCAUGCCCUCUGCUCUCUGCCAGGCGCCUGGUUAUGGUUUCCUCCAACCAGCUCAAGCUGAGAUCUUUGCUCGACAACAGGAGCUCUUGAGGAAGCAGAACCUGGCCAGACUUGAGAUGUCAGCCGAGCUGCUAAGACAGAAAGAGUUGGAAAACCUCCACCAGCGACAGCAGCAGCAGCAGCGUCUGCUGGGUUCAGACCCUCUGGGAGCUCUACCUCCUGGCCUGCCCCCCGACCAUCCGGCCCUGCGGAGCCUCCACGACAUCCCAGAGGGCCAUCCUCUCCGCGAGGAACUGGCCCGCCGCUCCAAUGCAAUGCUGGUACUUCGCCAUGGGGCCGCCACGCCCCUCCUGACCCUCAACCACCAGCAGCAACAACCCGGAGCGUCCUGCACACCAAAAGACACCCAGGCACAGAGUUCCACCGCCGGGCCGGAUGCCGAAUCCAGGAAGGCAGCUCGCAGGGGCCCCCAGACGCAGCUCCGUCUUGGGGAUCACAGAGGAGGAAGAGAGGACAGAGGAAGGGAGGCUGAAAUGGAGAUGCACGAUGAGGAGAUGAAGGACUCAGACAGUGAGACAGAGAUGUGCGAGGAGAGGCAGGAGGGCGUCAGCGCCAAGUCCAGCAGUAAACCCAGGGACAGGGAGAGAGACCGGGGCAAAGACACUGGCAGCAAGGGAGUGUGUGACAGCGCCAAGGAGGCAGGAGAGAGCUCAGGCCGGCUCAGCGCUCCUUGUAGUUCAGCAGGUACAGAGUCGCCCAGUCGCCACCUUUUCACCCCUGGACUGGGCAAGGCUGAUAUCAAGUACCACCUGCCUCCAGGGUUCAUUCCGCCGCUGCCUGCUCUUCACGCCCAGUCGCUGCCGUUCGGAUUCCCCUACGCCAACCCUUACUUUCACACGGGCUCUUUGGGAGGUCUUUUCAUGGAUGGCGAAGACUCGGCCACAGCAAACCCCACGGAGGACAUCAGCAAGUGGAGUGUGGAGGAUGUGUGUGGCUUCAUAAGCAGCCUGGCUGGAUGUGCUGAAUACACACAGGUGUUUCGGGAGCAGGCCAUUGAUGGAGAGACAUUGCCGCUGCUCACUGAGGAGCACCUGCUCACCACCAUGGGACUAAAGCUGGGGCCCGCGCUCAAGAUCCGCUCACAGGUGGCGCGUCGUGUCGGCAGGCUCUUCUACAUGACAGGAUUCCCGUUGGCGUUCCCGUUUCCACCCUCUGCGGCCUUGCGACCCCCAGAUCGGGAUCGGGACACCCUGACCACGCCGUCCGACACCCCGCUGCCGCUCUCGCUGUCCCUGCCACACCGACCUACCUCCACCAGCAGCAGCUCCUCUCCCUACAGCGGUCCCACCCCAGGGUGCUCCUCACCCAAGCAAGAAAACGGCAACAGCUCAGCCGUAGCGGGAAGAUACGAGGCCAAAACUCCCUCGUAGGGGCGUACAGGCAGGGGCUACCUGUCUCAAGCAUCGUGGAUAAAGGCGGUAACUUAAAUCAGACUGACUCCCGGGGCCCCAUUUAUCAGACUCCCCCCACCUUGGGGCAAUAAAGCUGAAAUUUAUGGGAAAAUAUUAGCCUGGAAUAAAAGACAACUGGACGAUAAUGGACCGUAUCCGGCAAACCAAUCAGCUGAGUUUCUCUGCAGCGGCUGCAGCCGAGCAGAAUCCAAAGAAACUGGGUUGGAAGGGAGAAACGUGAAGCGACAGAGGAACAGAGAAAGAGAAAAAGGAGGAAAAGGAGACAGCUGGUCACAGACAGCCUGCCAAAAAAAGGAGCAAAGCCCUGCCACAAAUGCGACAUUCUUGCAAGUCAGACAGUCAGACGCUAGCGGAAACUCUUCCUUCCUUCCUGGGCUGGAGGAAGCUCUGCUCACUCACUUUGUUUCUCUUGUCUCUAUCUCUCUGACUGCUCUCACCACAAGCCCUGCAGAGCCCAGGAAUUAAAAAGAGACGCCUCUCCCCUCCUCCCCCCCUCCCUCCUUCUCGCGUGUUUCCCGAGGCCAAACAGCAGCGUGGCGCUGUCUUUUUAGCGGCUGGAGUUGAAACAUAUGCUGAGCAGCACUAGAUCUGACCAGCUCCCUCUUAUCACUGCAACUAUGCAUUCCACUGUCCCGAUACCAAAGAUGACCGGAUGUGUGGAAUUGGAAUUCACAAUGUGUCUGCUUCUUUUUGCAUUAAUGGUCUCAGAGAAAGACUGGUUCAACAGGGGAAUGCUAGGCUAGUGCCUCACAUGAUGGACUCUAUUUGAGGUGACACAGGUAGAGCUGUCAUUUACUGACAUACAAAGGCUUAAAUGUUGCUGAAAUGCAGAAGCCUCGAUGGCGGCUAUGGGUGUGUAUGGCUUAUGUCAUUGUACGUUUGUGUUGACUACUGUGGGAGGUAGGAAAAACAUGCAAAAUUGUACAGAAUCAUGCUUAAGAUGAAAAUAUCCUGAAGGUUACAUACGUGGUACUUUUACUUUUUGUUAAAUGUAGUUGCACGAAUAAGAUUUUCUUUACUGAAAAAUGUGACUUGCUGAACUUUGGUGGUACUUUUGUUCAUAAUUUUUGUUCUGCCAUUUUUAAAAAAGUGUAAUAUUAAAAAAAAAAAAGACGCUCCAAUCUCGAAUGCUACUUCAGCAUAUAAAUAUGAGGACAAAAAUAUUUAUAGGACUUUUGAUGUAGUAGAUAAAGCAGAUUAUGAUAUGUAUUAAAAUUAGCCCUUAAGAUGGAUUCCAAAGAUACUUUUGUUUUCUCUUGGUUGCAGGGAAAAGAAAGGCACAAAGCUCUUAAUGCAAAUGUUUCAAAUUUGUUAUGGAUUUUUUUUUUUUUAACUACGCAAGCAAUGAAUUAAAAAAAUGGUCUCUAGAUUUCCCUUCAGAAGUUUUGUCUUCAUCCUAUUUUUCUAUUCACCACACAGGUGAAAUAAAUCCUAAAGAAAC